CCCAUGGACUAAAAUCGAAAUCCAAAGCCAAACAUAAUACUUUGGCUUCUCUUUUCUUUGCCUAACAAAAAUUCUUGAUUCCUUCAAUAUUUCUCAAUUACUUCCCUUCUCUUAAUUCACAAGAAAUCCCAUUUGUGAAACAUCACUAGUUUGAUUUUCUUCUUCCCUCAAUAAAGGGUAAGAAGUUUAAUUUCAAACGUUCAUAUGGAUAAUAUUAGAAAGUUCUCUAAGGGGUUGUUGGGGUUUUUGGUGCUUCUAGGAUUUGUUUGGUUAGUGUUGGUUGGAGUAUUUGAAAAUGGAGGAACAAGGCUUAUAAAGAAUAGCAAACUUAUGAAAACACACAAGAGAAGUAGCGUUCAUCCAAAGAUAGAGUUCAACUUCGUGAGUAAAAGAAGAGUUCCUAAUGGUCCUGACCCAAUCCACAACAGAAGAGCGAGGAGUUCUCGUCGGCCACCAGGUCAAGCUUCCAAAGGAAAGCUCAACAUUAAGCCAUGAACAACUUAGGACAAAGAUAAGGCUUGUGAGAUGUUUUUUUUUUGUUUUCUUUUUCUUAAUCUUGUAUGUAAUUGUUGAAAAAGGGAAGUCUAUACAUAUUGUCA